AUGGCCGACCAAGAAGUGGUCAAAUUGGGUCCGAGGAAUGAUAGUGUGUUGUAUUUGCAAAAAGAUGGCAAACACGUGUCUGUUGGUGCGUGGAACCAAAUAAAUAGAAUUCUGAAAGUGAGAAAAUAUCGGGAUUUUCGAGAUUUUAUUCCCGCUGAAAUUGUAGGCCACCUUCGUCAAGCCGGAUUUUACGAAACUGCCUUAGCUGGGUCUCUGAAACUUGACAAAGUUUUAAUAUCAGCUAUGGUGGAGCGAUGGAGGCCUGAGACACACACGUUUCAUAUGCCGUUCGGAGAGUGUACUAUCACUCUGCAAGAUGUUGCUGUUCAUCUUGGCUUACCCAUUGAUGGGAAUCCUGUCACCGGAGUUACUUGGUGUGAUUGGUCUGAGCUUGUAGAGGACUUGCUCGGAGUGGUGCCACCCGCCAGUGCUAUCAAAGGAGGUGGCUUGAAGUUGGUUUGGCUGGCUGAGCAAUUUAAUUUUCAUAAUCUAGCCGGUGCCGACCCGAUACAACUUAUGUAUGCUGCAAGAGCAUUCAUCUUGCGACUAAUUGGUACUUUCUUACUUUGUGACCACACCGGUUCACAUGUCCCUCUUAGAUAUCUCAUUCUCUUACGAGACUUUGAGGAGACCGCAAAGUAUAGUUGGGGUUCAGCCGUACUAGCACUUCUCUAUCAUGAGUUGUGUUAUGCAACUGGUGCUUCACGUACAGAGAUUGGCGGCUGUGCUUAUUUGAUACAAGUGUGGGCAUGGCUAAGGAUUCCAGGAAUCGGCCCGGAUCCACCGAGGUUGCACCGUGGCCUCCCACUCGCGGCAAGGUAUGCACAUAAUUUAAAUAAUAAAUUUCGUUGUUAA